CCAAAGUUCAAGAAAGUCGGGGGGGGCAGAGGAUCUCAGGACACCCCAAAGCGCUUUAUGGCUGAAGUUCUCUGAAGCGUGCCAGUUUGUGUACAGCAAACCCCCACAAACAGCAGAGAGCCUGUAGGAGACCAGGAGCUGAAAAGCUGCACGAGAGGGCUGAGUUGUGAAAACAUCCAAGAGUGACAUCAGAGGGGAAAUAAAUGUGUGGGAGCCUCGGGUUCCGGCACUCACUGGGAUCUUCAUGGAAACACAAUGGUGACCUCUCAUUUUAUACGACUCACGCCUGAUCUUCAGAGCAAACAGGGAGCGAUCUGGAAUCGCGUAGCCUGUUUAAUGCGAGACUGGGAGGUGCAGGUCCACUUCAAAAUUCACGGCCAAGGGAAGAAAAAUCUGAAUGGUGAUGGAUUUGCAAUCUGGUAUAGCAAAGAUCGUAUGCAACCAGGCACGGUGUUUGGAAGCAAGGAUCUGUUUUCUGGACUAGGAAUAUUCAUGGAUACGUAUCCAAAUGAGGAGAAACAGCAGGAGACUAAGAAGAGGAGAUAUUCAUCUGCUAACCAGCGAAUUUUCCCAUACAUCUCGGCGAUGGUGAACAACGGGAGCCUUUCAUACGAUCAUUCUCGAGACGGGCGGCCCACAGCCAUUGGAGGGUGCACCGCCCUUGUGCGCAACCUCAACCACGACACUUUUGUGGUGAUCCGGUACCUGAAACGGAGGCUCACAGUAAUGAUCAACAUUGAAGGCAAGAAUGAAUGGAAAGACUGCAUUGAUAUUCCGGGUGUCAAACUGCCUUUGGGUUAUUACUUUGGUGUCUCUUCAGCCACUGGCGAUCUGACAGAUAAUCACGACAUUAUAUCAGUAAAGGUCUACCAGCUGACGGUGGAAAGAACACCCGAGGAGGAAGUAGAUGAUGAGGAAGUGCUGGUUCCAAGUGUAGCUAACCUUAGCCUACAAGACGAUGAUCUGGAUUACGAGCCGAUGAGCGGUUUGACAUUAUUCUUCAUCGUUUUCUUCUCGCUGAUGGGCCUGAUGGUGCUGGCUGUGAUUGGGAUCAUCGUCUUCCAGAAGUGGCAAGAGCAGAGCCGCAAACGCUUUUACUGAGGCCCAGCCAACAAGGAGGCACUUCAGACUCGAAAGCCCACAGUCG